AUGAAAACACUGUUGAACCAUCACAUUCGUCACUGUCGUCACCGCCAAACCUCUACCAUAACUGCUGACGUUGUCCUGUUGCCACCUCUAGAUUCGCCAUCACCGUCGAACCUCACCAUAUCGAUUCUCUACCACCGUUUAAGACAAUUGUUUCCUCCACCGCUGCUACAUAUCACCGUUGUCUCCGAAGCAAGUUCCAUAAAAAGAUCUAUCUUCCUCCCUCGGACUCCAAUGGCGAUCAAGAGGGGGGUAUCAAGUUUCGGCGUCCAUAGAAACAGAGGUGGUGGUGGAUCUCGUUUUCCAGUGUUCACCCUUGUGUUAAUUUUAGUUCUUGCUCCCAUGGUGUUCUUCGUUGGACGUGGGAUUUAUUCGGCUGAUUCAAUUGAUCAAAAUGAUUCCUCAAUUAGUAAUAAUAAACAAGAUGUAGAUUGGAGAACCAAACUUGCUUUGCAACACAUCAAAUCUCUUCUCUCAAAGGAGGUUAUUGAUGUCAUCAAGGCCAACACAGAUGAUUUGGGACCCUUGAGUCUUGAUUCUUUUCGUAAACAAAACUUUUCAGCUUCUUGGAAGUUUUCAGGACAAGAAAAUGUGAUUGAUAUUAGUUCAAGUUCUUCUGAGAAUGUGGCAACUAAUAAACAAGAAACCCCAAAAGGCAAACAAGAUAGUUCUUUAGAUGAUGAUCAUUCUCAAUACAUGGAGACACCCACAAUGCUAGCGAGAAGGAAACUGAGAGACAAAAGACGUGAAACACGAGCAGCUGGUUUAAUGAAACAAGAUGAAGAUGUAAGUAUAAAGCUUGAAAAUGCAGCCAUUGAAAGAUCCAAAUCAGUUGAUUCUGCUGUUUUGGGGAAGUAUAGUAUAUGGAGGAAAGAAGCUGAUAAUGAGAAUAUAGAUACAACUGUUCGUUUGAUAAGAGAUCAAAUCAUUAUGGCUAGGGUUUAUGUAAGCAUUGCAACUAUGAAAAACAAGACAAACAUGGCUCAUGAGCUACAAAUCCGAAUUAAAGAAAGUCAACGUGCUUUAGGAGAUUCAACAACUGAUAUUGAUCUUAAUCAAAGUGCCCCAGAGAAAAUAAAAGCCAUGGGACAAUUGUUAUCAAAAGCUAGAGAUGAACUUUAUGAUUGCAAGUUAGUUACAGGGAAGUUGAGAGCUAUGCUUCAAUCUGCAGAUGAACAAGUUAGAAGCUUGAAAAAGCAAAGUACUUUUUUAAGCCAAUUAGCAGCUAAAACAAUUCCAAAUGGAAUUCAUUGCUUAUCAAUGCGUUUAACAAUUGAGUAUUAUCUUCUUUCACCUGAAAAAAGAAAGUUUCCAAGAAGUGAGAAUCUUGAAAAUCCAAGUCUAUAUCAUUAUGCUCUUUUCUCUGAUAAUGUAUUGGCUGCAUCCGUUGUUGUCAACUCUACAAUCAUGAAUGCUAAGGAACCAGAGAAACAUGUUUUCCAUCUUGUUUCUGAUAAAUUAAACUUUGGAGCAAUGAACAUGUGGUUUUUAUUAAAUCCUCCUGGAAAAGCCACAAUUCAUGUAGAAAAUGUUGAUGAAUUCAAAUGGCUAAAUUCAUCAUAUUAUUUUAUCUCCCCACAAGUUUAUCCUAAAUUAAACAAGAUCCUUUUUCUUGAUGAUGACAUUGUUGUUCAAAAAGAUUUGACUGGGUUGUGGAAGGUUGACCUUCAUGGGAAAGUCAACGGGGCUGUUGAAACAUGUGGUGAAAGCUUUCAUCGGUUUGAUAAGUAUUUAAAUUUCUCAAAUCCCCAUAUUGCCCGUAACUUUGACCCUAAUGCAUGUGGAUGGGCGUAUGGGAUGAAUGUUUUUGAUCUCAAGCAGUGGAAGAAGAGGGAUAUAACUGGAAUUUACCACAGGUGGCAAAGCAUGAAUGAGGAUAGGGUUUUAUGGAAGCUUGGGACAUUGCCACCUGGAUUAAUGACAUUUUAUGGGCUUACACAUCCACUUGACAAAUCAUGGCAUGUACUUGGUUUAGGGUAUAAUCCAAGCAUUGAUAAGAUUGAUAUUGAGAAUGCAGCUGUGGUUCACUACAAUGGUAAUAUGAAACCAUGGCUUGAGUUAGCUAUGACAAGGUAUCGUUCAUAUUGGGUCAAAUACAUCAAGUUUGACCAUCCAUAUAUCCGAGGUUGCAAAAUCAGUGAAUGAUAUUCUUUUUUAGGCAAACACACUGUGUUCCCACAUUGUUUAUUCUUGUGAGUUUGAUCCUAUUCUUUGUUAUAUCUAUUUACUUCUAAUUCUUUUUUGUUCCAAUACUUGUAUGUGAAACUUACUCCCCUAAAUUGGAUAGGAGUAGGGAAGGAUGUUAUAGUUGACUUUGGAGUAAUGAGAUUAUCUUGACACCGAUAUAUUCUUGAAAUUGUAAACUUAGAUUUGAAUGAAUA